AUGGCUUCGUCUAAGUUUCUUCCUCACGAGGGCAAGCAUCACAAAAUUCGAGUCGCCAUCAUUGGCGCAGGAAUCUCUGGACUUGCCGUCGCCAACGGCUUGCUGAAAGAUCCAGCUGGGAGAUUCGAUGUCCAGGUCUUCGAACGCGACACGAUUGCAUUCAACUCAGAGCGUGGCGGGUAUCAGCUCCGCAUCAGCGCCAAUGGCCUUAACGCUCUGAAGACAGUCUCCGACCUUGAGCUCUGGUCAUUGAUCCGCGAGGUUUGGGCCGGUGAUCAGGCGGAAGCGCCUACCAUUGUUGAUCCCGAUACUUUCGCAGUUCGUCUUCGCCUCGGCGAUCUCAAGUUGUAUCCCAAGAGUCGAGCCAUACCUAGGAAAAGACUGCGUGGUGCUCUUCUACAGCCAUUACUAGUUCAAGGGCGGGUUCACUUCGACCACACCUUCGCACGCUUUGAGCUGAUGCCCGGUGAGCGAUGCGGCGUGCAGCUACACUUCGAUAGUCAGGUUUCACAGGAGGCCGACAUUCUUAUCGCAUCAGACGGCAGCAACAGCCAGGUCAACCGACAGGUUGGUCUUAACAACAAGAUCAAGCUAGACAGCAUGACUUUGAUCCAGUCUCGCGGCAUAAUUUCACGAUCUGUACGAGAUGAGCUGCCCGAGUCGCUCGUCGAAUCUGGCUCGGUAAUGUUCUUGGGCGGCAAAGAUGUUGCUGGAUUUGCAUCCGUCUAUGACCCCCAGAAGGCCCCAAGUACCAGCGGCACAGAGUCAUACACCUUGUUCUGGUCGGUCGGUAUACCGAGGGCCCGGGGAGACGAGCUGAUAGCGAAGGCCGGCUCGAAUCCUGAGAAGAUCAUUCCUCACCUCAUAGAUUACUUCCAAAACGACCUUGGCUAUGGCAAACCUUUAGAACUCAUCAUGCGAUCAGCGACUGAGGCUGUCCGGACGGGCCUUGUGACCAGCUCCGUCAAGCCGAAGACGGAUUGGCGAAACGGUAUUGACAAAAAUUCGCGAGUGGUUCUCCUCGGCGACGCCGUGCACCCCAUGACGCCUGGCCGAGGCAUGGGUGCAAACCAGGCGCUGACUGAUGCCGCCAAUCUUGUCGAACUUUUCCACCAAGCAACAUUUGAGCAGGACGUGCCGUCGGAUGGGGAACUCGCCGCUUUAGCGCGCACAUUCGACGCAGAGAUGUACACUCGCGCGUUUAAGAUGGUGGAGGCCAGUGAGACCGUAACUUCGCUAGAUUUGACGACGUUAUCGGCUUGCUUUCUUCUCCACUUCACGGCGUUGACAGGCAAAAGCUUAAGCAUGGAUGCCACAAUCGAGUGGUUCGUCAACGGUCUCAUCAUCUUCUUGGACACAUGGCUGGAGCGUCCAGAUGUUCUGCCCAAAGUGUUGGCUAUCGACGAUGUGGAUGAAGCGGAUUACGUCUUCAUCUCCCACGCACAUUUUGACCAUCUUCCCGGAGCCGAUAGGAUCGCAAUCAAAACCGGAGCACAUGUUAUUGCUAAUGGCGAAGCCAUUAACGUCCUUCGGUCAGCUGGAGUGCCCGAGGACCAGUUGAUCCCAGUAUCUGGUGGCGAGCGCAUCCCUCUUUUUCCUUUCAAGUGCCGUCAAGCUGCAGCACGUGGUGAAGUUGACAUCGCUCCUGGGCCACCAGGCGCUCCUCCAGCUCCGGAUGCUAGAUUGGCCGCGGCCUCCGUCCAUGUCUGGCCUUCACUGCACUGUCUCAUGCCUGGUGGCUCGCAUGCCGAUGUGCCUGCAAUCAUGGAUACAGGCAAGGAGUAUAUUGGAGGAGCAAGCCAGUACGCUUGCACACUGGAUAUCACAUUCGGUAUGAAAUACGGCCUCCUCAAGAUCGGCGACCACAUGCCUCGCGAUGCUAUGGACUCGGGCAUGCGCUCUUUCGUAGACUACGUCAACGGCCCAGCGAGGGAAUGCAUGUCUCACUUUGACGGAGGGCAGCUCAUGUACAACUUCCUGUUCGGGGAGGGCAAGACACUGCUGUGGAACGGACAUCUGGGCGGGUACGAUGGAAUACUGAAGACGGUGCAACCACAGCCAGACGUGCUCAUUCAAGCGAUUGCUGGACGGGCGAACUUGAAUGGAAGACCGUUUGAUGGAUCUGCGGCGCAGUUCGCGGUGCAAGUAUCGAAGCUUCUAGGAGAGCCAAAGAAGGUGAUCUGGUGUUUGCACGAUGAGGCGCCGAUCAAGCCGUGGACGGUGGAUGUAAGCCCAGCUACGCAAGCGAUCGAGAAGGAGACGGGUUCCAAGGUGACUGCACUGCAACUGGUUGCGGUGGCGGUUGGUAGAGUGCAAGACGGGAGUUUCUCAUCGGCAUCCCUCCACCCCCACGGCCCCGCCGCCAUUCCCCACAUAUUUCGGGAUCCCCCACCCCCGCCGCCGCCGCGGUAUCUCGGAACCCCAACAUUCCCCAUCAUGCUCCGCAGACAUACCAAGAUUUCACACCUCGAUGAAUUGUUCAAUAUGCGAUCGCAUACCUCCGCAGUUGCCAAUCUAGGUAGCAAUGCCGAUAACGAUGGCGCUGCCGACGGUGUCGGUGACGGCAACGGCCCCUCAUCCUCCCCGUCUUCCUCCUCCGCCUCCGCAUCACUGCUGUGUCCCGAAUGCGGGCAGACCUUCCGUCGGCGCGAGCAUCUAAGUCGACAUCUGGACCGCCACUCCGGCCGUCGUUCUCACGCAUGCAGUAUCUGUCGUCGCUGCUCAUACCAACCAAGUUCUGGCGAUGACGAGACUAUCCUCGUUGCGCAGCCUGUAGCCGAUGGCGACGUAUCCCCUGCCCCUACUCCGCCUUGUCAGAACUUGCAGCCUAUUACUUCGCAAUCUUGCGUCUCGGACCAACCUCCGCUCGAGCCAGACCUCCUAUGGGACGCCCUCUUGACCCCUGCCCAAUUUCUGUUUCCUUUCUCACCGGCUACUUCUCUCGGAGUUGGGACAUCAACAGACUUUUGCUUCGGAGACACUGCUUUGGCUACCGUCGUUGAACCUGUGGAUGACCAGAGCGUGCAGAAUAGCUUCGGUGCAAAAGCAACACCAAGAGUAGGUGUGGAGGCCGUUGAGGUCAUUACUGAGCCAGGCAACCUGACAGCGGAGGAGGAAGACAUCUUGAUCGCUGAGUACAUUCCUCAUAUUCAAGAGCUAUCGAGCAAUGACGUUUUGACCUGUGCGCAAUCUCUAUUGUUGUUCCAUCAAAGCCAGUGGCUCUCAGGUGAGCGGAGCAUUGUCAUCGAGGUGCAAUUCUACCGGAAUAUCCUCGUCACCCUUUGUCGCCAACUGCUGUCUCGAGAGGGCACUUUGAUGCACACGCAUACAUCCGCUGAGGACGCGAACCACGCAUGGUCCCAGUGGAUACAAGCCGAAGCCAAACGAAGGAUCAUACACUUCACUUGGACUGAUGCGUACUGGUCAUCGAGUCAAGAGCAGUGGCACGUUCUCCCGCCACCGCAGCCUUCAUUAAGUAUUUGUGCUCUACUUGCACGCGUUGGUCUCGGCGAUGUAGUGCCGGCGAGUCUAGAGCAGCCGGCUAAGUCUACAAUACUGCUCUCGGCCAUCGUGCAGCAAGCUGCCGAGAGCGAUCUGCUUCGAGCUAUGGGGCUCGGCUCUGUCGGCAGUACUGCUAGUCAACCCGGUCUAGCUCUAGGAAUGGGGACGAUGCUCUCCCAGAAAGCCUUCGAUGCUUUGUCCCAGGCAGGAUGCUCUCAGAUGUUGCGCGAAACGGACGCCGGCACCAACUCGAAUGACUUUGCCUUGCUCUCCCGAGUCCUUUCCAUUUGCUCAGUCACACCGUUGCGGCUACUCAACCCCUACGGCAAAUGGCAGACGACAGAUGCAGGUCACAGCAAAGCCCGGUCCGAACUGCUGAACAUCAUACCGCAGAAUGUCAGCAGAGCAAGGCACUGCUUGUACUACGCAGCGCAGGUUCUUCAACACUUUCGCACUAUGAGAGUGGCAACAGUACUCGACAUCCUUAGCGUCUUGAUCUGCGUGCUCUACAUGGUGGUGUACGCAGAUAUUUUCGAGCAACAAGAUCCUAAUUCCGCCGGAAGUGGGGCCAGCACCGGAACAUCCAAUACGGAGAUCAUCCGACUCGACCAAGUCGUUGACAUAGAUCUUUUAAAUGGCUGGUUGGAGGUCAGAAAUCAUAAAAGACCUCACAUUGCUGGGGUCGGUCUCCUACACGGCGGCCGCAGCGUGCCUCGUUUGUAUAAAGAAGCGUCGCGGAUUAUGGCAACCGGGUCCUCGGUCUCGAGGAUGGCUAAGGAGAUGUCGAUCAUUCUCGAGUCACAAGCUAAAGGUUAUCCUCCAGACCUUCUAGAUCGCCGACAAGACAUACAGAGAGCGGUGUGA